UUUUGUGAUAACUCACGUGACCCAUAUUCGUCUGCCACCAACGUUAUCCUUGAGUUCUAACUUUCCGCACUUUCCCGCUUUCCGUUCGCGUGGUUCGCGACGUACUAAACCGUUCCGUACGUCGACUUCGUUGGUUUCGUGCUGUUCGUAAAUUAUAAUGGCUGCGAGCAUUAAGAAAGUUGUUAUAUUCGGCUCUACCGGCUUCACUGGUCAGGCAGUUAUUGAUGCUGCGCUCAAACUUGGCUACGAGGUGACCGUUCUGGUGCGGGACUCUGCACGCCUUCCGGCCGGAAAGUCGGUCAAGGUCAUUGUGGGGGAUGUCCUGAGGCAAGAGGCUGUCGAUGAAGCAGUUCAGGGUCAAGAUGCGGUCGUCGUCGUUCUCGGGACCAGGAACGAUCUGAGUCCGACCACCGUAAUGUCCGAAGGCGUGAAGAACGUCUUGACAGCGAUGGGGAAGCACGGUGUCAAACGGAUUUCCUGUUGCCUUUCCUCGUUCCUCUUCUGGGAGCGUGCCAAGGUGCCCCAGAACAUGCUCCCGGUGACCGAGGACCACGACCGCAUGUUCCAGGCGCUCAAGGCCAGCGACAGGGAAUGGGUGGCCGUGUUUCCGCCGCACAUCGCAGACGAGCCGGCGCGUGGGGGCUACAAGCUCGUCAAUGACGCCGCCGUGGGACGAAUCAUCUCCAAGUACGAUCUGGCCGAGAUCCUCGUCAAGGUUUUGACCAUGGACGAACACGUCGGUCACAGAGUCGGGAUUGGAUACCCGUCGGCUUGAGGGAAAAGAGCCGCAAGCUUAACGCCGAAUGACGUACGAGCGUUUGCAAAAUGGCAUACCAGUACUUUACUCAUCGUUUGGGGAGUUUGGCUCGCAAGACUUCUGCCAGGUGGCGUUUUUUUGGUGUCAACGUGGUAUUGGGAAAGUGACUCUUAAAAGUUUUUCAUAACUUUCUUCUUUUUUUUUUUUCUUUUUUUAUCGGAUGAACAAACCUGAUGCAGAAGCAGCAUACAAAAAACUUGAUUUGUCGCUGCAUCUCUAUGCUUGGGCACUUGGCAACUGUAGACUGUAUAAGUUUGUUCGUUGGACUGUGUUUGUUGGCAUCGACAUACCUACGACAACCUUUUUCAUAAUGAUCAAUUUUUGUGAAAGUAAAACAAAGUGCAGAUGCACUGUACUUUAAUUUUUGUUUUGUUUUAUUACUUGGGUUUUCGGCAAAUGUACCUUACACAAUUUUUAAGCUCUUUUUUUGUCGUCAUGUCCGGUAAUAGUGAGUUUCUUCAGGCGUUAUUUUUUUUUCUAUAUUUUGUUGAAAGGUCACUUUUUGUUCGGACAGCAGUGUACAGGAACUUCAGUAGUUGCAGCAAUCUAUAUUGCCCGACUAUUUGGCAAAUUAGUGUUCUGUGUUGUCAAGGUAAUGAAUAUGCAUUGUGUAAUUAUACUUGUUUUCUUAGCCUAGUCUUUUGUUUCUCGUUCUGAGAACAGACUUGUGAUGCAAGCAGUGUAAAGUUGAUAUUAUUGUAUAGAUUUAAUUAUAUAGCCAGUAUUGGAAAAAUGUAGUCUGUGGGACUUUGUCUAAAUUAUUUUUUCAGUCGUUGACAUACUUACGUGGAAGCAUUUUGUAAUUGCAUAGUUCCUUACAUUGAUGUUCCACCUUUCUUCACAUUCCUAUUUGAUAUACAAGGCUAAUGUCUUAUGGUUUACAAGAGAGACACUAUUUUUAUAUUCUUGUGUGGUUUGUACCAGCUGUCUUUGGUUAAUAAUAAAAAGUUACUGCAACCAAAAAUA